AUGGACCAGCAGUUGAUCGCGGGUGUCAGCAGUGUGGCGCUGGCUUUCCACCUACACGCGACAUGUGGAGGUCAUUGGUGCGGAGUGUCGCAGGCACUCGGGAAAGGGACGACAUGCGACCAGCCACCGCUCAGUGAGAGUGAGAUCACACGUUUGGAGGAAGACCUUGUGAAGGUGCGAAUACAGAUGUUCAAGAAGCUAUCGCGAGUGUUGGUUCAUUGUGCCUUCUGCACCGUGCUGGUGUUGCUGGUGGAGAUUGCGUGGGAGCCGAACGCUUAUUCGGCAACUUUGCUGGCUCUUGCCAUUCUGACAUAUGUGAUCUACCAUCUGGUGAAUUCGGGUCGCGUGGAGGUCACUGACCGGCUUCUUAGGCCGCUAUGCCCUGUCCUCAACGGUAUUAUCAUGACAGCUCUUGUGGCCAGUGCCUAUGUGAGUCAGACCGAACGGGACUACAUGGCAAGGUUUGGGCUCUGCUCGGGGGGUCAGAUCCUCCUGGGCGUCGUCUUCGGCCCUCGGAGAACCAUCACCCUUUCGAUUGGCUACACUACGUCCUUUUGCUGGAGCAUGGCCGUGACCUAUGGCUGGAAUGCGAUAUCUCCUUUGUUCCUCCUUCAACAGGCCUUCCAAGCUGCAAUCGGAAUCAUGGUGCCCGGCUUCGUCGAGUUCGCUCUGCGUGAGCGCAUCGUUGCCUCCAUCCGGUCUAAAGAUUCCGACUCAUUGAUCUUUGGCUUCCGCCAGAUGCUGAAGGGCAUUUGCGAUGGGGAGCUGCUUCUUGACAGUCAACUCCGAGUUUUCGGCAACACAGCGUGCCUGCAGCGGCUGCUUGCCACCAAGAAGGACUUCCUCGGGUGCCCGCUGCAGGAGCUCAUUGACGGAGACGAUGAUGUUGAGAAGUUCGAGAAGUUCAUUGCCGCCUCCCUCGAGGAGCCGGGUGCUGAAAGAGGCGAGAGCGAAAAGAGCGCUCCACGCUGUCUGCGCGUGCCCCUGAAGUCCCCGGCGGGCCGGAUCGUCAAAGUAGACGUGUGCCAUGUCCUGCUGCCGCAGCUCUAUGGCAGAAAGGAGUUACACCAUCUGCUAUCGCUUACGGAAGAUACUGAAUCUCGCCAGCCAGAGGCGAUGGCGCUGAAGCACGCCGAAGCGCAGCUGGAAGUCUUGCGACAAGUCAGGGGCGCCUACCCAGCGAGUCAGUCUGCUGGCUCCGUGUCCAGCUGCGAGACAUUUAUCGAGAGCUUUGAGGAGCUCGCUGAGAUGACUUUGGUCUUAAAUGGGAGCACAGAGCUCAUCGAUAUUGAGGAAGCCCACUUCCGAUUCCACCGACACAGCAGCGAACAGAAGUUAGGCCUAGGCAUGCCGACUCUGAAACGCUUCGCACGGCCGCUGGACUGGCAGGGCUUCUCGUCCUUCCUGCGCCGCUACUCCCGGCAGGUGGCCAAGGGGAAGUCACCCCCUGAGCAGAGCAUGAAUGGCAUCACGUUGCGUUUGCCCAGCGACUCGAGGAAACACCUCUUCGCCCGGCAGGGCAGCCUGAGCUCCCCCUUCGUGCGGAAUGCGCCAUCAGAUCCUGUACAUCUCAUCUUGGCACUGUCGGACUUCCGAGGGGAGCGACCACAGGAAAUACAUCCACGGCUCGAAGGUGUCGAUGAGCACCAGUCCGCGCGGUCGCAUCGAAGUCGCAAAUCACAGGAACGACAUCCACGGUUUGCGGGCGUUGAUGAAGUCCAGUCUCCACAGUCGUUAGACACAGAUGAGACUGGCAACCCAGGGAAUGCACGCGGGUCCAGCGAGAGUUUGGGAGCCUUGCCUGAUCAGGACUUGUCUCCUACUUGA